CCCCCCUUCCCUGUUUUGGAAACCGACGCCGGCGACAGGUGCUUGUUUUGGCUUGCAGUACACAAGAAAACAGAAUUAUGGAGAUUACAGUCCUCCAUCCAAGAUCUGGGAAGACCCUAGCCACUUUAACCAACAUUUCUACAGGAUCCUGUAUUGCAGAUGUGAAAAGGGAGUAUGAGAGGAAAUUUCCCAAGUAUUACCCGACCCGGCAGGCAUUUAAAAGUGAUCCCAAGGGAAAGACACUUAAAGAUGAGACGACACUGGAGAGUAUAGACUUCACUAAACCGGGAGCACUAUACUUCAAGGACCUUGGGCCCCAGGUCGGCUGGACCACCGUGUUUAUGACAGAAUACUCGGGUCCACUCGUAGCUUACCUAAUCUUCUACGCCAGGCCGGCCAUUAUAUAUGGAGCCGCAGCUUCCCAGCCCAGAUCCUGGGUAGUCAAUCUUGCAGCAGCCUGUUUCUCCUUUCACUACGUCAAACGACUACUGGAGACUGUGUUUGUCCAUCGCUUCUCCAACGCCACCAUGCCCAUCAUGAACAUCUUCAAGAAUAGCACCUACUACUGGGGAUUUGCUGCCAUGAUUAGUUACUUUGUCAAUCAUCCACUGUACACCCCACCAACCUAUGGUGAUGCCCAGGUGUAUGGUGCCCUGGCUGGUUUCAUCUUCGGUGAACUAGGGAACUUCUCUAUACAUCUGGCCUUUAGGAACCUCAGACCAGCAGGAACAAAGGAGAGGCGUAUCCCCGUACAGACCUCUAACCCAUUCACGGCCAUGUUUAACUUCGUUUCAUGUCCUAACUACACAUAUGAGACUGUCGCAUGGGUCAGCUUCAGCGUAAUGACACAAUGUUUACCUGCCUUGCUAUUUACCACCUGUGGAUUUUAUCAGAUGGCAGUGUGGGCUCUGGGUAAACACCGUAAUUAUAAGAAGGAAUUCAAAGACUACCCCAGGAGGAGGAAAGGCAUUGUACCAUUCCUGCUGUGAACAACAGCUUUCUCGUAUGAUUUAUAUAAUUAUGUAAUUCCAAGCACUUCUUCAAUACAUGUAAUUCAUUUCUGAUUGUGUUGAUCAUUCGUGGCAGCACUGUCUUACAAAUCUUCGUAUUAGCAUUUGAAGCAGGGUUUAUGUUAUCGUGUUGAAGCAAUAUUUGUGUCAUCUUGUUGAAGUAUUGUUUCCAUGACCUGUUUGAACAUGUUUUAAUAUGUUACUUUUCUGAAGUUGACAAUCAUUUGACAAUUUCUGGAAUUUCACCAAAUCCACACAAAUUCUCCUGACUUUAUCGGUGUUGUCAACACUAGAAACUAAAUCAUGUAAAUGUUUGUGUUUAGUGUAUUUAAGAGUGAGCUAUGAGACCUGAUGAGAUGUAGCCAAUGUGUUUAUGUAUUACUAAGAAUAUAGGAAUACAUUGUUCGUAGAACACAGUGUUUGGAGUGUGUGCCAAUCAAAACUUUUUAUACAUAACAUUUUUACAUAACAUUUCUUUUGAUUUUGAUUACGAAGAUUAAUUUCAAUGAUUUUUAAAUAUGUUGGAUUUUGUGAGAGAUUUUAUUUUUUGUUUGUGUGAAAUGUCAAAAAGUAUUUGUUGUGAUUUUGUGUAAGUCAGAAUAAUUUAAAUGCAUUGAAACUUUAAAAAUUAUGAUUUUUAAAAACAUGCUCUUAUUUAUGUGUCUGUAGAUUUAAAAUUUAUCUCUUGUAACUCUUAAUUUUAUUGUAUCAACCUGUCUUAAACAGACAUUUAAUUCAAUUCUUAAAAAAAAUAAAAAUGUUUACUCA